AUGGAUUCCUCCUCCUCUUCUUCUGCGGCGGGUUUGGGCUCUGUGGACCCGCAGCUGCAGCAUUUCAUCGAGGUGGAGACUCAGAAACAGCACUUCCAGCGGCUCUUGGAACUUUGUUGGGAGAAGUGCAUGGACAAGCCUGGGCCAAAGUUGGAAAGUCGGGCUGAGGCCUGUUUUGUGAACUGCGUUGAGCGCUUCAUUGAUACAAGCCAGUUUAAUUGA